AUGCUCAGCCUUGUCCAUCUGCAACCUAACCAAGAUAAUAAAAACUCUGAUGAUGAUGAUGAUGAUGAUGAUGGUAAUGAAGAAAAAGAAGAAGAAAUGCCCACAACCCUACAAAACCACUCAUCACAUCCCCAUCCUAACCACAAUCUUACCAUGUCUAAGAGAUUUCGGAGAUCUGAUCAUGCAUACUUUACUUCCAAUGCUAAAUGGACAUGUAGUGUCUGCAAUCUUAAGCGAAAAAGCUUGUUCAAUUACCAUUGUUCCAUUUGCAAAAUCAGUAUGGACAUAAUUUGUGCGAAUAUAUCUCAACAAAAGAUAGACCACCCAAGCCACCCUCACCAACUGCAACAUAUGCCUACGAAGUUGGUAUCACAUUGCAAUGCUUGUGGUGGAGAUCAUCAAGGGAACUUCUACCACUACACCACUUUCUCUUUGUUCUUAAUCCACUUGGAUUGUGCUUUGUUGCCUGCCAAGUUACCUAUCCAACAACAUACUAAUGCAACUCUCACUCAUUCUCAAUCUCAUUCACUUUCCCCUGCGUAUUCCUUUCCUGAAGUUGAUAAAGCAAAUAAGUUCUAUCCCAGAUGUUGA